ACAGAGCCAAUUGCAAGAUUCAACUUGAAGAUCACAGAGCUUCAGCAUCUCUUCAUAUCCAGCUUUGCCUUUGAAUCUCCUUUCCACAAUGGUUGCCUCUCUGAAGUCUUGGCCUCUUGUGAUUGCCAUGGCUCUGUGCAUCAUGUUCUGUCUGGGAACUUUUGUGGAAGCCUAUCCACCCAAGCCUGAGAGUCCUGGAGAAAAUGCUUCGCCAGAAGAAAUGGCAAAAUAUAUUGCUGACCUUCGGCAUUACAUUAACUUGGUGACAAGGCAAAGGUAUGGCAAGAGAUCUAUCCCAGAGACCUUGAUGUCAGAGCUUGUUUUUGGAGACAAUAGCAAUGCCAGAUCAAGGUUUGAUGAUUCGUAUAUGUGGUGAAGACUUACCCACUUUUCAGUAAAUGGAAGAUCAGCUGCGUCUUUUUAAAUAUUCCACUCCUGUUGUGUCAUUUAACAUUUUUAAAAAGCCUGUUCUUUCCCCAUUUCUGUUUUCUAUCAAAUGUUGAAUCUUGGAAAAUCAUUCUUUUGGGGAUUCCUUCUGCCCCUCCCCCCCAAAAUUAAAAAAAAAUGAAAAUGGUUCUUGCAAGCAUUAAGGGGACUCUGCAAGAAAUCUAUUGUGCUGGGGACAGGUCUGGUGUAUACUUGUGUUCAGUAGUGGCCUCGGCUUUUUUUUUUGAAACAAUGUCUGCAUUGAUUCAUCCAUGAAAAAUCACACUAUGUCCAUUCUUUAUUUUAUACAACCAUAGAUGUGUGUAUAUAUAAUGAUGUAUGAAUGUUUGUGUGUAUGUGUAGUGUGUAUGUG